GAGUUCAGUUUUAUUUUGGCAGGAACAGAACAAACAUAUGAAAAGAAAAGAAAAGAAAAAACAACAAGUGAAGAGAUACCAUCGAUAAUUACAACACACAUGAGCGUGACCAUAUGGACCGCACAAACAGGAAGGCAUCGCUUUAUUUUGAAAAUAACCAACCGGAAGAGGUGUUGACGCAGCUUGUUGACCAAGUGUCCGGUACUACGGUUCCCUGAGACGCCACAUAGCCUACCGGAGGAACCGCCGCCUCGCCGUCACGGACUCUGUGGAAGACCCAGCUUUGUGUGUGUGUGUGUGAGACAUCACAGUGCAGCGUGAGUGUGUGUGUGUGUGUGUGUGUCUGGCGCCCUUCUAUAGUGUGUGUGAUGUCUUCUGAGCUGCUGGUAGAAUUGGGUGAAGACCCUGCGACUGCCCAGUUGGGUCAGCUGAAGCUGGAGACCAUCGAGGACCAGCAGUGGCCCGCUGAUGAGUCCACGCUCAGCAAGUCAGAGACGGACAUCUCUCAGCGUUUCGACGCUGACUCCCCCCACCUGCCGUGGGACCACCCCUUCUAUGACAUCGCCAGGCAUCAGAUCAUUGAAGUGGCAGGUGAUGAUAACUUUGGGAGGAAGGUCAUUGUGUUCAAUGCGUGCCGGAUGCCUCCUCAGCACCAACUGGACCAUCACAAGCUGCUGAUGUACCUUAAAGGGACUCUGGACCAGUACGUGGAAAGCGACUACACGCUGAUCUAUUUCCACCACGGGCUGACCAGUGAAAACAAACCCUCUCUCAGCUGGCUACGAGACGCUUACAGGGAGUUUGACAGGAAGUACAAGAAGAACAUCAAGGCUCUGUAUAUCGUCCAUCCCACCAUGUUCAUCAAGACUUUGCUGAUCCUCUUCAAACCAAUCAUCAGUUUUAAGUUUGGCAGGAAGAUCAACUACGUGAGCUACCUGAGUGAGCUGGAGGACGUGGUGAAGUGUGAGCAGCUGCUCAUUCCUGCCCGGGUCAAAGACUACGACAACAAGUUGAGAGCGUCUCUGAAACCCAGCGCCCAGCCUCCCCCGUCUCCUCUGCACAGCCCCCCCCUCCCCAACCAGGUGUUCGGGGUGCCACUCGCACUGCUGAGACAGAGGAACCCAGAUGGGGACCAUAUUCCCUCGGUGAUGAGAGACACCAUCAGCUUCCUUUCAGAGCAAGGUUUGGAGAUUGAAGGGAUCUUCAGACGGUCUGCCAAUGUGACUCUGGUGAAGGACGUCCAGCUCAGAUACAACUCUGGCGUGGCAGUGAACUUCACAGAGAUGGAAGACAUCCACUUGGCUGCUGUGAUUCUGAAGACCUUCCUGAGGGAAUUACCUGAGCCUCUGCUGACCUUCCAGCUCUACAACGACGUUGUCAACUUCAGCUCUGUAUCCAGUGACGGCCAGGUGGCUUUUAUGAAGACACUGGUGGAGUCGCUGCCAGAGGAGAACUACACAUCCCUCCGAUUCCUCAUCACCUUCCUGGCUCAGGUAUCGGCCAACAGCGAAGUGAAUAAGAUGACCAACAGUAACCUAGCUGUGGUGUUUGGUCCUAACCUGCUCUGGGGGCGGGACAACGCCAUGUCACUCAGUGCCAUUGGGCCAAUCAACAACUUCACCAGAACCCUGCUGGACCAGCAGCAUCUGGUCUUUACCUGAAUCUUGCCCCUCCUCCCUGCAGUCAGAAACACCAUAUUCCAUUAAAAACUCUACGCUUUAAAAAGAUCCCGUGGACCAAUGACAUUUCAUUUAGCUUCUCAUUAGUCCUUACAUUCCGAUUGGCCGUUAGCAGUGUCUUAUCAAGCGGUCUGGACUCCAGGCCUGUGGGUGGAGAAGGUCCAUGUUAGACUGCAGCCAUAAGACGUAUAGCACAACAUCGUACAGCUCCGAAGUUGUUGGCAUUACUUUCUCACCCUCUAACGUGACAUCAUUAGGGAGUGUAGCUUUCAGGACAUGUAUGUGUAUUCAUUAUGUCAUACAUGUCAUGACACCAAACCAACCUUUCCUACGGUGCAUGUGUUUCUAAGUCAACAGCCUGGCUCUCAUCUCGGGUCUCUACAGGGACGUUAAUAGUUUUCUUUCUUCUGUCCAACACCUCCAUCUUUCACAGAGAGCAGGGUGAUGGCACACGAUCAAUAAUCACAGAUUAUGACGCAAUGCAGUUACCAAACAUCCCCUCUAGGGUUAUGAUCCCACACCAAAAGAGAGGAGAAAUGAUGAGGGAGCUACGAGUCUCCAUGAACGUCUCAGGUUAAAUUACGUGGAACCGAAUGUUGUCGACAAUCUUUGACAUGCUGUCGUUAUGGAAACCAGUAGAAACCAGUUGAAAGGGAGCCAGGACUCAAAGUGGACUGGCUUACAGCUCAGUAAUAUACAGCAUAUAUGUUUAUGGUUCUUUAUGGUCAUCUCAUUAUAUUUGACUUUAAUGUUGUAUUCAUAGUAUCUCUGGAUUUCUCUUAUUUUAACAUUAUAAUUCGGCCUCAUUGUAGUUGUUUAGUGGUAAUGGAUCAACUCUGUGUCAUGAGCUGGAAUAUUUGAUGGUACAAAAACAGGAUUAAGAAUUAAAAGCAGAUAUACAAAUAGUUUUUAAAUAGUGAUCUUUAUUCAGAAUUUAAUGCAAAACACUUCCUUCAUGCUUCCUGCUGCCGUGAUUCAUACAGUCUAAUAUAUUGGUAAAGUUUAAAUGUGAAACACAGAUUACGUGGGUCAAGAAAACCCAGGAAGUGAAUGAAAGUAGCAUUUGUGUCAGUGGUGAGCGUGACCUUUAGCCGGUUGGGUUGUGGAAAGAGAAACAGAUGCAGCUACAGUUUGUAGCACAGUGCUAACCUGGGCUCUAUUGUAGCACAGUGCUAACUGGGCUCUAUUGUAGCACGGUGCUAACCUGGGCUCUAUUGUAGCACAGUGCUAACCUGGGCUCUAUUGUAGCACGGUGCUAACCUGGGCUCUAUUGUAGCACUGUGCUAACCUGGGCUCUAUUGUAGCACAGUGCUAACCUGGGCUCUAUUGUAGCACGGUGCUAACCUGGGCUCUAUUGUAGCACUGUGCUAACCUGGGCUCUAUUGUAGCACAGUGCUAACCUGGGCUCUAUUGUAGCACAGUGCUAACUGGGCUCUAUUGUAGCACGGUGCUAACCUGGGCUCUAUUGUAGCACAGUGCUAACCUGGGCUCUAUUGUAGCACGGUGCUAACCUGGGCUCUAUUGUAGCACUGUGCUAACCUGGGCUCUAUUGUAGCACAGUGCUAACCUGGGCUCUAUUGUAGCACGGUGCUAACAUGCGCUCUAUUGUAGCACAGUGCUGACAUGGUCUCUAUUGUAGCACGGUGCUAACUGGUCUCUAUUGUAGCACAGUGCUAACCUGGGCUCUAUUGUAGCACAGUGCUGACAUGGUCUCUAUUGUAGCACGGUGCUAACUGGGCUCUAUUGUAGCACAGUGCUAACAUGCGCUCUAUUGUAACACAGUGCUGACAUGCUCUCUAUUGUAGCACAGUGCUAACAUGCUCUCUAUUGUAGCACAGUGCUAACAUGCUCUCUAUUGUAGCACAGUGCUAACCUGGGCUCUAUUGUAGCACAGUGCUAACCUGGGCUCUAUUGUAGCACAGUGCUGACAUGGUCUCUAUUGUAGCAUGGUGCUAACAUGCGCUCUAUUGUAGCACAGUGCUGACAUGCUCUCUAUUGUAGCACAGUGCUAACAUGCUCUCUAUUGUAGCACAGUGCUAACCUGGGCUCUAUUGUAGCACAGUGCUAACAUGCGCUCUAUUGUAGCACAGUGCUAACCUGGGCUCUAUUGUAGCACAGUGCUAACAUGCGCUCUAUUGUAGCACAGUGCUAACAUGCUCUCUAUUGUAGCACAGUGCUAACCUGGGCUCUAUUGUAGCACGGUGCUAACCCGUGCUACAAGCUGUAGUCCUAGUUGUGAAACCAGUCAUGGGCCAAACAGGAAGUGGGAGCAGCCAAUGAGCUUUAUCGUAAAGAGGGGUUUCAUUGAUCCUGGGUUUAGUCCUUAGUCCGAGCCCGGUCCAGGUUUUUCUUUUUGUUGACUGGGGAAGAUGAUGGUGUUAUGAAUCAUAGUCAUCUUCUUCCUCACAACAGCUGGUGUAAACAAUAACACAAACACCAGGGGAAUAUCGCUCUCUGUCCACCACUUGACAUAUAUUGUUGUUAUUUGGAUUCCUCACAAACAAGAAACAACCUUUUAAACAAGUUGAAUGAGUUGUAUUCAUAUCUUUGAUGCUCUUAACAACGUCAUGCACUUUAAUUCACGAGCGACGUGCCAUUGGAAACGAUUCAUGGAAUCAGCUGUAAUAUACUAUGUUUUUAAAGGGUUAGAAUCCGGUCUUUUAAUCUCGUUUCAGAUUGUUAUUGAAAGAGUUAACUUGAGUCGUGACUUAUGUUAUGAAAUAGUGUGCAGCCAAUCAACAUUCAUUGUUUCCCUAUUCAUAACCCUCGACAGGAGGAAGAUGUCUUUAUCAAAUCUUAAAGAGAACAUUUAUCUAGAAGUUUCUGCUUAUUGACGUAUUUAAUGCAACAUGAAGUGUAAACGAGCUAAAGUAGAUCCUGACCACAAGGGGGCGGGACAUAAUUCAGACAAUAAAUAAUACGGCCACCAGAAUGCUGUUUAUUGUUUCUGGUUUAUCUAUUUCCAUGUUGACCCAACGCAGCAUCCAGGGUGUGUGUGUGUGUGUCUAUAUAUAUAUAUAGACACACACACACACACACACACACACACACACACACACAGCAGGGUUUAUGUUAGUCUGUGGAAUCCGCUCACAGAGCUUGUUCCUGCAUUUCUGUUCAUUAAUUUUAAUGUAAUUCCAAAAGCCAAAUAGUAUUUCUGUAAUUCUGCUCUUCUGUACUCGUUUAUUUGGUCUUACUUCAGUUCCUCACGCCUUAAUUUAAAGAACCAUUAGUUAUUGUUUUCUCAUGAAUCUGAUUAGUCUCACUGUACUGACCUCUAGUGGUUCUACUGCAUAUGAGCAGCGUGACCUUUGUGACCUUGAUCAUUGGUGUCUUCUUUCUGCAGUCGUUCAUGUGGCCAAACUAUGCAGGUUAAUGGUUUUAUUGUUGUUGUUGUUUAUGUAAGUAUUAUGUUGUAAUGUUGAUGCUUCAUAUGUGACUGAGAAGAACCAACAGAUAUUUAGUCUCAAAUGUUUCCCUGUUGUUUACCUGUUUACCUCGUGGUAAUCGGCAUGCUCUUGGUGUAAACAUGGUGUUUGUAGGUGUGUCAACACAUUAUGUCUCACUGUCGGCUUCUGAACAUUUAGGAUUGUAAAUACAAAACCGUAUUGUAAACAACUAAACAACAAAACAGGUUCUCUUGAUAGAAAAAUGACUGGAUAGCGGUACAAGUCUUUCCCUUUGAUGUGCGUGAUGAGGAUGAUGAUGAUGAUGAUGACUACCAUCAAAGUGCCGUGUCCCCGUUCUACAGACUAGUUCCACACCAGAAGUUCUAGUGGUCCCAAAGGUUCUCCAGGAGACUCAAAGGGAGUCCUGUUCCUUUAAGGGGGGCGAUGGAGUCCUAUUCAGACUUGAUAAAUCUAUAACGUCCUCAUUAAAGAUGUUUAGUAAUUUAUCGUCAUACAUUAAAUUGUGAAAUGAUAAAGUAGAAACAUUUAAAUGAGGAUUAAAGUCUUAAACUUUAAUCCUCAUUUCAAUGUUUCUACAAUAUCCAGUCAACCAAAUAUGUUUUUAUAAUUCAAUAAUAAUUAGCAUCCUGCUGUUCCAGAUGUUUUUUUUAUAGUUUAUUACAUUUCUGCUCAACUCUGCUGACCAAUCACAGCCCAGUCUAUGGAUCGUUGUACUGUAACUGUUGUCAUGGUGACAGUGAACAAUAGUUCUGUGUUUCCAGGCUGAUUUAUUGAUCAUCCUUUAAUUUAGAUAUUGUGGAUGUCGGUCGUAUGAUUAUUAUGUGCUGUAAUAUCAACGUAUUGAAAUAAACGAAUGGUAAACAA